UAUAAAGUUUGUUUGGAUUUUGCAUAUACAUUAUAACAUAACAGUUAAUAAAUAAAAUACAAACAUGGAAAGGAAUAGAAAUAAUUUUAGGCCUCCUAAUUCGGAUAGGUUUUCACAAAGGUUUAGAAAUGAUUCAAGAAAACAUUGGCAGCCUCAGUUUAAUUCAAAUAAUUCAUGUAAUUUUAAUCCCUGGAUAUCCAAUCCACAACACACUGCCCAUAGACCAUACAAUGCAGUACUCAAUAAUAUGGGACAGAGAGGCUCUUCACAGACUAAUAAUGGAAAUAACGGCCAAUGGAAUCAAAACCGUAAUGUGUGGGGGCAAAGCUGGCCCAAUAAUACUCAAGAUAAUAAUGAGGGUCAUUGGAAGCAAAUUUCAGGUAAUCAAAAUGAACAAAGUUCCAGUUUUGUGCGUGGAAAUUUUACUAGGGAAAGAAGGACACCAUAUGAUAGACCCAGAGAAUUCUCUAAAAACCGAAAUGACAGAUAUGAUGCUCAUGAUAGAUGGAAGGGACCUAGCAAUUCAGAAGAUGAUUCAUCAUAUGACAUUGUUCCAGAACCUCUAAGUCCACUAGAAGCAAAAAUUGAAAAAUUAAUAUCAGCAGUUCAAGGUCAGGGCGAUAAAAUAGGGGAAUUAAUAUUGCUACAAAAUAAUAAUGAAAUUCCUCCAGUAUUGAUAAACAAUGCAGUACAUCAAGUUAAAAAUUGUGUAAUGAAUAUUGACAGAGAUGAAGCAACAGGCUUUUCUAAAUUGAAAAUCAACAAUACAGUUAUUUGUGAGGGCAUGUAUUCUUCAAAGAAAGAUGCCAAAGAAGCAUUGUAUGAAAUGGCUCUAGAUAUUUUGAAAAUGAAAUGUUUUUUUAUUUCUUCAAAAUCACACUAUGAAGAAGUGUCAAUGGAUGAUAUAAAUAAUAAAAAGACAGAGAUUUCAGAAAAUAAUACUGUUGACAACAAUAGUGUAGCUAUGAAAAUGAUGUUAAAAAUGGGGUGGGGUGGAAAAGGACUUGGUACCAAAGAACAAGGUGAACAAAAAAGUGUUGCAGACAAAAUUGUUGAAAAUAUUUCCAGAGAAGGUUUAGGAGGUGGGGGUAAAAGUGUAAUGCAAGAAAUUGACAAAAUUCUUGCUGAUUACGCUAAGUCGACAAAAACUAUCACACUGGCAUUUGAUUCUGGUUUCACAAAAGAGGAAAGGGCUCGUAUCCAUUCUAUAGCAGCUAAGUAUCAUUUAAAAUCUAAGAGUGAGGGAGGUUUUAACAGUAGAAGAAUAACCAUUAGCAAAAAAUGCAGUAAGUGGGUCUUAAUUCGAGAAUUAUUAAGAGCAGGCCUUGAAAACGAGUCAUAUAUUUUGUCUAUACCAGAGGAGUUUCAGCACUUAUGGACAAGUGAUGAAAAAUAGUUUAUUAAUGAGGUAUUCCUUUAAGUUUGCAUGUGGUAAUAUUAAAAAUAAAAUUAAUGUAAAGAUGUUUUAUGUUAAUUCAUUAAUUAAAUUGAGACUAUUAAUUAAAUUGAGACUAAUAUUAAACUAUGUAUAUUUUGAAUUUUGUACAUACACAAUA